AUGACGACGUCAGCGCUGCGGCGCCAGGUGAAGAACAUCGUGCACAACUAUUCAGAGGCGGAGAUCAAGGUGCGUGAGGCCACCAGCAAUGACCCCUGGGGUCCACCUAGCUCGCUCAUGGCCGAGAUUGCCGACCUGACCUUCAACACGGUGGCCUUUGCCGAGGUCAUGGGCAUGCUGUGGCGGCGGCUCAAUGACAGUGGCAAGAACUGGCGGCAUGUGUACAAGGCGCUGACGCUGCUGGAUUACCUGCUCAAGACAGGCUCUGAGCGGGUGGCCCACCAGUGCCGGGAGAACCUCUACACCAUCCAGACACUCAAAGACUUCCAGUACGUCGACCGCGACGGCAAAGACCAGGGCGUGAACGUGCGCGAGAAGGUCAAGCAGGUGAUGGCCCUGCUCAAGGACGAAGAGCGCCUUCGGCAGGAGCGCACCCAUGCCCUCAAGACCAAGGAGCGCAUGGCACUGGAGGGCACGGGCAUCGGCAGCGGGCACCUGGGCUUCAGCCGUGCCCGUGGUUCCCCAUCCUCCUACAACUCCUCCUCCUCAUCUCCCCGCUACACCUCAGACCUGGAGCAGGCCCGGCCCCAGACAUCGGGAGAAGAGGAGCUGCAGCUACAGCUAGCCUUGGCCAUGAGCCGAGAGGAGGCUGAGAAGCCGGUCCCCCCAACCUCCCACAGAGAUGAGGACUUGCAACUGCAGCUGGCUCUGCACCUGAGCCGGCAGGAACAGGAGAAGGAGGUGAGGUCCUGGCAGGGAGAUGACUCACCUGGGGCCAAUGGUGCUGGAGCUGGAGCCCAUCGUUGUUGGGACAGAGAGCCUGAAAGAGAAGAGAGAGAGGAAGAGGAGAAGCUGAAAACCAGCCAGGUAGAGGAGUCUCAGUCCUCCAGCCUCGACUUGGUGGACAUCUUCGCAUCAGCUUCAACCCUGCCCUCCACACACUGCUCUGCUGACCCAUGGGACAUCCCAGGUCUCAGGCCUAACACAGAGCCCAGUGGCUCAUCAUGGGGGCCUUCGGCAGACCCCUGGUCUCCAGUUCCUUCAGGAGGUAUCAUGUCCCAGAGCCAGCCCUGGGACUUGCCUCCUGUGCUCUCCUCCUCUGAGCCCUGGGGCCGGACCCCAGUGCUGCCUGCUGGACCACGGACCACAGACUUCUGGGCACAGAACUCCACCCCCCACAAACUCCCCAACAAUGGAGCCAACCCCUGGGGGAACCUGGUAGAGACCUUCAACACACCUGCGUUAGAUGGUUCUUCCACCUUUGACCCAUUGGCCAAGCCUCCAGUAUCCACAGAGUCCAAGGAAGGGCUAGAAUGCACCCAGGCUCUGCCCUCUGGGAAGCCCAGCAGUCCUGUGGAGCUGGACCCGUUUGGAGACCACACCCCCAGUUUAAAGCAAAACGGCACAAAGGAGCCAGAUGCCUUUGACCUGGAUGUACUCGGGGAAGCACUAGCCCCGUCCAGCAGGGACACCCCAGCACGCCGGACUCCUGAGUCCUUCCUGGGCCCCUCAGCCUCUUCCCUGGUCAACCUUGACUCAUUAGUCAAGGUGCCCCAGGCUGUAAAGACCCGGAACCCCUUUCUAACAGGUCUCAGCACUCCAUCCCCCACCAACCCGUUCGGCGGGGGCGAGCAAAGCAGCCGGACUCUGAACCAGAUGCGCACGGGAUCGCCAGCGUUGAGCCUGACGGCGGGCGGGCCGAUCGCGGCGCCCUUUGGCUCCAUGACCUACAGUGCCUCUCUGCCCCUCCCGCUCAGCAGCGUGCCGGCCGGCGUGACCCUCCCUGCCUCGGUCAGCGUCUUCCCCCAAGCCCGCGCCUUCACGCCGCCGCCCUCCGGGAGCCUGCCGCAGCCUCUGCUGCCCACCUCGGGCUCCGCCGGACCGCUCAACCAGACCCCUCUGACGGAUACCAACCCUUUCCUUUGAGCAACAGCCCCGCCCCCGGCUGCCGGCGCGUGCUCGCGAUGCCCCGCCCCCGCCCUGCGCUAAUAACACUGGGCCCCGCCCCCUGGCGCGGGGUGGGGCGGAGCUUCCACGCCAGGACCCGCCCCGGGAAGGAAGGC